AUGAAGAGAAUUUUAUUGGAUAUGUUAAUCUAAAUAUUUUUUAAUGUUGUAUUUAUUAUUAUAGUAAUUACUUAUAAUGCAUAUUGUGGGGAUGAAAAAAUUGUAAGACGAUAUUUCUUUUUUUAGAAAUUGAAUUCAUGCAUUAGAAAAGUGGAAAAAUCUAAAAUUGUAUUCUAUUAAACUCAAGACACAAUAGAUUAUUAGGUAGGAUUAUUAUUGAUAGUAAUAUAAAUGAAAAUGGAUAUUAGUAGAGGGAAUCCUACAAUUAUAAUUAAACCAAAGAAAUCAGAAUAAUUGAAGGAGUUGAAAAGGCUUGAAUUUUCAGUUGGCAAACUAUCUUAGAUUCAAUAUUCUUGCUUUGAAUUUAGUCUUAUAAAUAUUGGAAAAUAGACAUCUUGA